CACGUGCGCGCAUGCACGGCCAAACAUAUUUUAAAGGAAUAAAGUUCUUUUUCAGGGCAGGCGGUGCCCAUGAAGUUCAUAAUCUUGUCAGCAAGUGGUGUUUGUAUGCCACGUCUGUUUUUUUGGUUGCUGAUUUUAUCGAACAUGUGACUGAAUUAGACGCUCACAUGGCUGCGGUGGCUGCAUGAUCCGAUUUAGUUCUUUUAAAGUCCGGUGAUCGGUAGCUCCCUCAGCAGCGACCAUCCGGAGCAGAGGACCGCUGAAAAACACAGCGCGUACUCCGACAAAUCAUGGCGAACAGCGGGCAGAAAGUUGUUCUGAUCACCGGCUGCUCCUCCGGCAUCGGGUUACGAAUCGCCGUCACGCUGGCCAAAGAUGAAAAGAAGCGUUACCAUGUCAUCGCCACUAUGAGAGACCUGAAGAAGAAGGACAAGUUAGUGGAGGCAGCAGGAGAUGUAUACGGAAAGACCAUGAUGUUGCUCCCGCUCGACGUGUGCAGUGACGAGUCUGUCAAGCAGUGCAUCAACAAUGUGAAGGACCGCCAUAUCGAUAUCCUGAUCAACAAUGCAGGUGUGGGCCUGCUGGGUCCUGUGGAAAGCAUCAGCAUCGAGGAGAUGAAACGAGUUUUUGAGACCAACUUCUUUGGAGUUGUUCGCAUGAUAAAAGAAGUCAUGCCAGACAUGAAGAAGAGGCGUUCAGGACACAUUGUGGUCAUGAGUAGUGUCAUGGGCCUUCAGGGAGUGGUGUUCAACGAUGUUUACACUGCUUCCAAGUUUGCCAUGGAGGGUUUCUGUGAGAGUAUGGCGGUGCAGCUGAUGAAGUUCAAUAUCCGGUUGUCCAUGAUCGAGCCUGGCCCCGUACACACUGAGUUUGAGACAAAGAUGAUGGAGGAUGUGGCUAAGAUGGAGUAUCCAGGAGCAGAUGCUGACACAGUUCGUUACUUUAAAGACGUUUACCUGCCAUCGUCCAUAGACAUAUUUGAAGCCAUGGGCCAGACGCCAGAGGACAUAGCCAAAUGCACUAAAAAGGUUAUUGAGUCAAGCAGUCCUCGCUUCAGGAAUCUGACCAACAACCUCUACACACCCAUUGUGGCCCUCAAGUAUGCAGAUGAGACCGGUGGCCUGUCUGUCAACACCUUCUACAACCUUCUCUUCAAUUUCGGCCCUCUCAUGCACAUCACCAUGAGCAUCCUCAAGUGCCUGACAUGCAGCUGCCUGCGCAGACGCACCAUCUCACCUAACUGAAGAAGGUGUCCAAAUGCUGCCCCUUACCCUUACCCUACCAGUUCAUUGACCCUACCCGUUUUCCUGAGGUUUUUGGCUCGGCAGGUAGAGUAGAUCCAGUAACCCUGGGGAGUGGAGGAAACAGUACCAUGAUAAGCUUCGCUAGAAAACAUGCACAAUUGCACAGAGAUAUUGUAUGCAGAACGACCUCAAGUACACACUUCACAUACAAACACAGAAAUACAAGCAAUAUCUACAGUGGAUUAUUGUACAUACAUAUUAUAAAGCAAAGGCUGUGUCAUUGCUUUAUGGGAGGAACUGAACAAAUAUAAUAAAGGUGGGUUUAUGUGUAUAUUGUUCCAGUAGAACACAAAUAUAGGACAUGAUGACCUGACCAGUGACAGAUCAAAGCACAAAAUGAACUCAGUUACAGAGAGAAAAAAUGAUAGAGAAAUAUUGACUUGUAGCCUAGAUUACAGAAAACUCUGGCAUGACAGAGUUCAAACGUAUAUGACAGAGAAGGAAUGAAUAUAUCUGCCUUAAAUGUGUUGUACCCUUAUUUUCAUGUUUGCCUUAACAUAGUGAUCUCGUGGUCAUAACUGCUGUUCAAUCAUAUUUUUAAUCUUUUGAUAAACUGAAUGUUUUUUUUGUUUUAAAGAUUUUGUGAAGGGUUUGGUCAGAUAUUUUAAAUCUAGCAUCGUGAUUUAGAAAUAAACAGAACUCUGAUUUACCCUCAAAGGUAUGCUUUUGGUUUUUAGGAUUCCCAAUUAUAAAAUGUGACCGUGCAUGCUUGCAGAUGCCAAAUAAAGCUCUGAGGGUUUGUCUUUUGACUGCAAGACCUCUUUGGUACCAAGAGGGGGCAAUGCUUCACAGUCUUUCCCUUGCAGCCAAUAUGUGGCUUUAGCAGCAAGCGGAGACGAAGCUUAAGUGUAAAGGAAUUUGUUUUCAUUUUCCAGAGAUAAACAAAUGUUAUAUAAUUAAAAAGUGAAAUGUU